UGCAAUUUGCAGCAAGAAUGAAUAUGUUCUAAGCACUUGCAGCAUCUUCUUUGAAUCAGCUGUCAUAAGCAGACGAUACACAGUAUCUAAUGCCAUUCAUUGGACUAUAAGGUCAUGGAAUUAACUGAAACUAGCGUACAAAUAAGAGAAUGUUCCAUAGACUUUAUUCCUGUUUACAUUAAGCAAGAGAAUGACGAACAUGAGACAGAUUUUAAUGAUAUUAAAAUAAUUAAUGCAGCCCAGAAUUUUUGUACUAUUGAAAUUAAGGAAAACAAAGGAUGUACUAUAAUUAAUGACAACAAAGCGUCAAAUACAAAUAAUAAAGAUUAUGCACAAAAUACAAAUAACUUAAACAGCUCAAAUUCCAUAUUAAACAUUACGCAUGAAAAUGAAAAUUGUAAUAUCAGUGGUGUUUUAAAUGGCUCAAUGUAUUUACAAAAUUUAGAUUACGAAAAUAUAAAUAUAGAAAUACAAAAACCAACAAAUCAAGUUGCUGAAGUUUUUAUUCAUCAAAAUGAACAAAUACUAACAACCAAUUAUAGCGUUUCAACAGUUACUAUACCAAGUGAACUUUUAGGAUUAAAUCUUAACAUAAAGAAAGAAAAUGAACUAGAUCAAGAAACAGUUUAUACUACAGAGUGGUUGUGUAAUGUAAAUAAUGAAACUGACCUGCAGCUAAAAGUUUCUAAGAAUACCAAAGACAAGGUAGAAGUUCCUACUAAUAUUGAUUCUACAAUAACUUUAUUGAGCAAACAGAAGGAUCAAACAUCAGAGAAUGCCAAUAACUUGGAAAUCAAAGAAAGUUUACCAGAAAGACCUAAAAGGCAAUUAAAAAUAAGAUCUAACACAUUACAAGACUAUAAAGAGAAGUUACGAAGAAAAGCAGAGUGCAUGAGAGAGAAAAGGAAAAGAUUAUAUGAGCAAGAAAGUGAAGAACAGCGUCAGCAGAGAUUAGCAAAAGAAGCAGCAAAAAGACGAGAAAUGAGAAUGUAUUAUGAAACACCAGAGCAAAGAAGGAAAAGGUUGGAUGCAGAAGCAGCAAGAAAAAGAGAGUACAGAAUGUAUAAUGAAACACCUGAAGAUAGAAGGAAAAGGCUAGACCGUGAGGCAGAAAGAAGAAGAAUGAAAAGACUUUCUUUGUAUGCUAGUGAAACUCCUGAACAAAGAAGAGAAAGAUUAAAUAGAGAAUCAGCAAAACGAAGAGAAGCUCGACUUAAUCAAUAUGCUAAAGAAACGCAAGAAGAAAGAAAGGAAAGAUUAAAGAGAGAUGCUUUGAGAGUUAGAGAAAUGAGAUUUACUAAAUCUGCUAUUGAAACAGAAGAGGAACGCAAACAAAGGUUAGUAAAAGAUGCUCUUCGGAAAAGGGAGGUAAGAAUGCAUGGACGCCAUUCAGUGCAUAAUAAUUUCACUGAGCUUCAAACCAUUCGCAAUUUUGAAGAAUUAAACAAUGUGCAGAUAAAGGAGAAUCCUGAUAAUCAAUUGGGAGGUCAUUAUUUGAGCAACUGGAUGGUGUGGUUCCAAAAUUCAUUAAUCCAACCAGUUUAUGUUGGAGAACAAAUCGUCAAAUCUCAAUCAGAAAAUAAUGGAUAA